UAGGAAAACUCAGCUAGUCAUGGUUGGAUAUCUGUUUCUAUUACUGCUGGUGGGAGCUGCGCAGGGUAAUAGCUUCAGUAAAAGUGAUAUUCAGGAUUUGUUUGAAGUGGAGAGAUCCUUGAUUCUUAACCUUCGAAAUUACGCAAAGGAAUUGCAAGGGAAAUUGCGUAUAAUCAAGGGCGCACUUGACGAAUACAGCGAACAUGUCAAAGAUGCCACUAGAAAUCCUGAAUUGUAUUUGUCGAACCCUUUAAAUACCUUUAAGCUCAUACGUCACAUGAGUCUCGAUUGGGCAGCCUGGCAACUGAAGAUGGAGGAGCAGUUGGGGGAAGAACAAAUCCAGAUGCAACAACGUCUUUUAUCACGCACUCCCGAUAAGAGUACCUUGAAGACGGCAGCACAGCGUCUACAGUCUUUAUUCAAGUUCUACAACUUGGAACCCGCCUCCUUUCUCCAGGUCAACCACAGGCACUUGAGACUCGAUCCUGUGGACUGCUAUUACAUGGGUAUGGAGCUGUACGAACAGGAAAAGUACCACGAGGCUGUCAAGUGGUUAACAGUUGCCGCUGAUAAUUUCAACUCAUCACCCCACAAUGAUCUCAUAGGCGUGCCACAUUGGCGGGUCUAUGAAAUGAAGUCCAAGGUGUUCCUUAGUCUAAAUAAAUUUCUCGAGUCCCACAAAGCUCUUUCAACUGCCAUUGAAUUGAAUCCUGGCAAUCAACAACUCUUAGAGCAACAAUGGCAACUGGAGCAAAAAAGCAGAAACAAUGAAAAGGAUCCAAUUCCUGCUCCAGCUGUAAUCCUUAGCGAUCUACAACAACAGUGUGCAGGCGAAUCCAGACAGGAUAAUACACUGAGUUGCGAACUUAUUACAAAUGUGACGCCAUUUCUAGAACUGGCGCCUCUUCGAGUGGAAGAUUUGUAUUAUUAUCCUUAUGUGAUGAUCUACAAGGAUGGCAUAUACGAUCGGGAGAUACAGCACAUUAGGAAUGCCUUUUUACGCUGUCCGUCGAGAAAUAAAUUUGAGGAAGGCGGCGGGAUUUUAGGCUGCUUGAUCCCAGACAGUUAUAGUUCGGUGAUUCGGACUUUAGGUGUUCGCAUGAAGGACAUGGCAGGACUCGAUAAUGAUAUUGACGGUAUAUUUGUCAUGGAGUAUGAUUCUACAAGUCCCUUGCAGCCAUUUAAGCUGCCCUAUCUAGAUUUUAUUGAUUUGCAGGAUGUAACAGCCUCAGCCAUUUUAUUUUUAAAUGAUGUUGCCUUGGGUGGUGCUCUUACCAUACCCAAUCUCGAUGUUGUUGUCUAUCCACAACGAGGUGAUGCUUUGGUCACCUUCAAUGCGGGCAACUUUGAGCACACACUUUGUCCCAAAAUGGUGGGAAGUUCGAUGAUCAUUGUCAAGUUUAUGCGGGAUGAAGAGAGCGAGGAAGAGAAAGAGCAUUCAAAGAUGUUGCAAUUUAGAUUAUUGCGAUCCAUUGUGAGUUUAUUGAUUUUUACUGUUGUGCUGGUGGCGUGUCAAUCGAAUGGAUCGCAUCAAAACCGGGAUUAUAUUACAUCUUUGACUGAUAAGCUGGAAUUGUUGUCGCAAAAUGAGAAACUCCAUUUGAACCUGAUGGACUAUGUUGACCAAAUGCAAGAGAGAAUUGACAUUGUCAAAAGACUGGCAAAAUACUUAAGACAGCCACUGCAGUCGGCCAAGGGUCGGGAAAAGGAAUUUCUAUCCAAUCCUUUGAAUGGUUUCUCACUUUUACGACAUAUGCAAUCGGACUGGACACACGUGUUGAGAUUAUUGGAACAACCAGUUGGUCAAGAACAAAUUGAUUUUGUGCGGCAAAUGCAAAAGAUAAGACCACAAAUUCACGAGGUGCGGGAUUCAAUGGCUGCGAUACAUCGAAUUAAAGAAAUAUAUAAACUUAAAUCUUGGGACAUGGCCAGAGGAUUGCUUGAAGGAGUUCAAUAUAAUGCUAAGCUUUCGUAUCUCGACUGUUAUGAGUUAGGAUAUCUGUAUUAUAAUAGCUCGCAGUUUAAAAGGGCAGAGGAAUGGUUAGUCACAGCAAGACAUUUAAUUACUCCAACUCAGGCUGAUCUUCACUCGAUUUUGGGCGUAACCCGUAGUGAUAUUUCCUUUCUUUUGGCCAGAUCCCUCUCAGCAAUGGGUAACUCUGCUCAUGCCCGAGCUGUCUUAUUGGAAGAGCCACAGUUUAGUGGUGCGGUUGAAGAGUGGCUUGAUUAUUUCAAGGCGAAUAUGCCAGAGAAAGUGGAAAAUGAACAACUUAAGGAAUUUGAGCCGGAGUACCAUCGGCUUUGUAGCUCCAACUACAAGUCGAAACCCUCACGCUUGUUGUGCUCUUUUAAAAGGACUCCAACUCCUUUUCUACGUUUGGCACCUUUUAAAAUGGAACAGUUAUCUCUAGAUCCUUAUGUAGUUGUAUUCCACGAUGUCGUCUACAGUUGGGAGAUCGCUGCUUUGGAGCGUGCAACAAAGUCCUUGAUGGAACGUGCCUCGGUCAGCAAUGCAAAAACUCGUAGAUUCAUAGUUUCAAGUGUUCGCACUGUAAGCGGUGUUUGGUUGCCACAUUAUCGAUUUUCCAGUCUGAUUAACGAGCUGGUGGAACGUAUUCGACAAAGGAUUAAGGACUUGUCAGGACUGAUAAUCGAUAGUUCCAUACAUCGUAAUAUACAGCUGCUUAACUAUGGAUAUGGCGGACAUUAUCUCACCCACAAUGACUUCUUGAACAUAACCACCACCAAUUACUUCUAUGAUGAUCGCAUUGCCACUGUUUUGAUUUAUCUCAAUGAUGUCACGAGUGGUGGGGCAACUAUCUUUCCACAGCUGAAUUUGGCGGUGAAACCCGAACGUGGCAAGGUGCUUCAUUGGCACAACACGGUUCCAGGUAGCUUCGACUAUGAAACGCGCUGUCAGCAUGCGGCAUGCCCCGUAUUAGUUGGCAACAAGCUAGCUAUGACACAGUGGAUACAUGAGGGAGAUCAAAUGUUUCAUAAGCCUUGUUUAAGCCCACCCAAAGAUAGAAAGUACUAUUGAAAGUUGAAAUAUCUUAAAUUUAUAUAUAUUUGUUAUAUCUUAAAGGUGCUAAAAUAGAUUAUUACCUACAAAUG